CUGUGUAAAGUGAUGUUGUGCUCGCGCGGGGGCGGGGACUCCACCAUUUGUGCCUGUGUGCUUCACGUACAGUCCCGGAAGCACCGCCCGGCCAGGGACAUGCCAGGUGUUGACGUGUGAGCGCUCCUUGAGAUGUGACUGAAGGCGGGAGGAUGAAGCAGAAGUUUCCUCGGUAGCUUUGUUUUUUUAGCGCGGAAACAACAACAACAACAACAACAACAGUCGCGAUAACAUGAUACAAAGUGACCCGUCGGCUCCGGAGCGACGGAACAUCUCAGCGGCGUCUCGCUGACAACUCCCCCCCCGGUGCCACUGUCGGUUUCCCGUCGCGGUUCGUCGCUUCCAACGUUGACUAGCGGAGCGAGUUGUCCCAGGCUGCUAAGCUAACGUCGGGUUCCACGUCAGGUUUUAGGUGAUUUCACUGGUUUUAACAGAUUUUAACAGCGGGAUGGCCACGAGGAAACCUAAAGAUACUGAUGUCAGCCUCCCCUUCGCUGCCCUCCAGCUCCUCGCCCCCCCGGUGCGCCUGGUGUCCGCGGCCUUCUGGAAGGUGCUGAAGCAGCGGGACGUGAUGCAGUACGGCACCGUGGAGGAGUUCGUGACCCUGGCCUGUGACACUGUCCCCGGGCUGCUCACCGUGAGGCACCAGGGCAAGCUGACGCUGGGGCUGAGGGGACGGCUGAUCUUAGAGCUUCUUCGUGGACAAGAUCCUGAUGUGAUGCUGAUUGAGCUUCACAUGAAAAGGAUCCGUGCUCCGGCCGCCCCUUCGUCCUCCUUGGCUGCUGCGGUGAGGAAGGACGUCAAAAUCGCUAGAACAGUCGAAAGCUUCCAUUCAUUUAUUAACGUGCUGCUGACAGACCCGGCAGAGAGAGACGAGUUCUUCAAGGAGGAGUUUCCUGUGGAGUACGGUCCAAAGUUUGACGAGGAGCUGGAGAAGCUGCUGUGGGAGUUUUUGAUUCGACUGGACCAGUUGCUGCCAGUUCCCAACCUCGCUCAGACUGUGUCGUGGCUCAGUGAUUCCCCCCCGGUCCUGGAGGAGUGCGCCCGCUCAGCCACCCAGCCGCAGCUCCUCAACAUUCUGCUUCAGCAUCAAACCUGUCUCGGUCAUCUUGAGCCCGCAGCAUCUCUCCCUCCAAACAUGGGAGACUCCAUCCUGGAUUCACUUUCUCUGCCACCGUCUGGAAGAGUGGCUUCAAAUCAAGGAGCAGCCAAAUCGUCUGCAGAGAAUCAGUGCGGUAAAGGGAAGACACCAUUUAUAAAACCUGUAAUUGGACUCAUAUCCAACGAAGACGUACCGGUCAUGGUCCUGGCCAGUAAACGGGCACUUAAAGACGACCAGCCAGCCGCCUCUAAAGAUGCAACAAACAAACACUUAAAGUUCACUGUGGUAAAAGAGAGACAACAACCCAAUGAUGGAGGGAGGGAGGGUGAAGAACAUCUGGAGGGGGAGAGGGGCGUCUCCAACAGCAGCAGAGGAACCAAACGCAAACAACCUGACAACAGACAAAGUGAAUUCGACGAGGAGGAAGAGGAGGAGGAAGAGGAAGACGACGUCGCAGGCAUGACGAAAUCUGGGAAGAGGAAGUUGAGCAGCGUCAGGCAAGGAAGCGAUGACCAGAGAACAAGUGAGAGUGAAGAAGAGCAGCUAAACGGGGCAGCGCUGGCAUUGAGCAUGGCCCAGCUGGGCGUCCAGAGUCUCCACCUGCCGGACGACCCGUCCCUCUGCUCCCUGUUCAAGUGCUGUCUGAGAAAACAACCCAGAAUUAUCAUCAAAAAACUGCCAGUGGCCUCUGCUGGUGCCAGCAGGAUGGGCGGAGGAGCAACAUCCUUCUAUAAGGAGGAGAAUCAGAGGAGGAGGUCACCGGUCAAAGCUCCGAUGCACAAAAGCAGGAGCUUCCAGCUGGAGAAGCCGGACUCAGACAGUUCUGGCCUGGAUGACAAAGAAAAUCAUCCUCUGUCGUCGAGUAGCAGCGGCUCCCCGCGCCGACGCACUAACACAGAGACGCCGGCCGCUGCAGGAGGAAGUGAAGACUACGUCGCUGACUCUGAGGAUGAGGCCACGAAGAACUUCAAAGGGAGGCUGUUCAUGAAGCGCUACUACAAGACCAAGCACGGCACAUAUGUUCCCACUCUGAGGGAGUACUGGAAACCAGGGGUGGCUCGGAGAGACUUGCUGUCGCCCGCCAGUAAACGCAGGUGAUGAAACCGAUCCUCACCGCCUGGUCUGGUGAACGCCAGGAUCUGGACUUUCUGACGGAGCAACCAGUUACUUAAAGUAAUCUCGAGUUAUGCUGUAAUUGUUUUGAACUUCAAUACUUAAUAUGUCAUCAUGGAGAACGAGCCCUGACAUUGUAUUGACACCGAUUAUGGACAAUGUCAUGCGAAUAUUAAUUUUUCAUAAUUCAGACCAUUAUUGUACAGUUAAUUUGUAAAUAUAUAUUGGGCAAUAUCUAUUAUUUCUGUAACAAAUACAAUUUUUAUACAUUUCACACACAAGUAUGUCACAUGUUAUGCUAAUAAAGAUGUAUUGAAACUGGAAAAAUGUGUCACUCUGUACAAACCUUGCUCAACUACGUUAGUCAGUUGUGUAUAAAUAUAUAUAUAUGUGUGUGUGUAUGUGUUUUCUGAUGAAAGAUGCAUUGUUAAAUGUAUUUAUUUAGAAAUUGAAAAGAAGUUCAUCAAAUAAACUUUAAAGAUGAAAUUAA